AUGAUCUCGGCAACUAGAGUCGUUCCGCCUGCCACCGUGCGGACAGCAGUCUUGCAGUCACAUAUGCCCCGGGCAGUGACUGGAUAUAGCGGCGCUGCUGUGCAUCGGCAGCUUGUUGCUCAGAACUUUUCAUUCUCGACUUCGUACGCGUCAGCACUCACAACCCCAGCGAACCGCAAGACCACAUUUCUUCAACCUGUGAAUCUCCCCGUGUCUCAACUCACCUCCCCAUGGACGGCCCUUCCUGUGGCCAGGUCAUUCCAUGCAGCCGCAUCGCGAUAUCAACAACAGCAAACGGGAAAGGAGAGUGGCAAAGAAGAGAGUCACAAGGAAGAGUCCAAGGACGAGGGAAAGAGAGAGGCUCCCCCACCGCCGCCACCCCAUGGAGAUAAGACUCCAUGGCAGGUUUUUAGAGACACCCUUCAAGCGGAAUUUAAAGCAUCAAAGGAGUGGAAUGAAUCGACGAAAGCCCUUGCUUCGUCAGCGCAUCAGUUCACUGAAAACGAGUCUAUUAAACGGGCCCGUGCUGCCUAUGAAGCUGCCUCUGGUGCUGCAAGCUCGGGAACAUCUUCUGCGUUUAAGACAACCGGUAAAGCUAUCGGAAAAGGUGCUGCGUGGACAUGGAAUACCCCAGUUGUUAAGGGUGUCCGCAAAGGACUGGUUGCCACCGGAAGUGGUAUUGAGAAGAUAACACGACCCGUGAGGGAGACAGAGGCAUACAAGACGGCUGUGGGCGGUGUGAAGAAUGCAAUUGAUGAUGGCAGCAGCUCCCGUUACGGCGGAUGGCUUGAAAAGGAAGAGAGGCGGAAACAAAGGCAGCUCCGAGAACAGAUGGAGGCGCAGUCAGGGCGCUCGAACAAGGUGGAACAAAUGGUUGAGGACCCAAAUGCGGGAACCAACCUUACCCUCCACAAAGAUUCCGCAUGGAAGGAGUCGUGGCGUGAAUUCCGUGACUCAAACCCAAUGAUGCAGAAGCUUUUCACGUUGAAGGAGACCUACAACGAAUCAGAGAACCCUCUUAUUAGUACAGCACGCAGUAUUUCGGACCGAGUCGCUGGGUUCUUCGCUGAAAAUGAAACUGCCAGGGUUAUUAAAAAAAUCAAGGAAAUGGACCCGAACUUCCAAAUGGAAUCUUUCUUGCGAGAAAUGCGCGAAUAUAUGCUACCUGAAGUGCUCGACGCAUAUGUAAAAGGAGACAUUGAGACACUGAAACUGUGGCUAUCAGACGCUCAGUUCCAUGUCUACGAGGCUCUUUCCAAGCAGUAUACCACCGCCGGUCUGAAGUCAGAUGGCCGCAUUCUGGACAUCCGCGGUGUUGAUGUUUCCCACGCCCGCAUGCUCGAACCAGGUGACAUUCCAGUGUUUGUUGUCACCUGCCGCACACAAGAGGUCCACGUAUACAGAAAUGUGAAGACAAACGAGCUCGCAGCUGGUAUGGAGGACAAGGUUCAAUUAGUUACAUAUGCUAUUGGUCUUACCAGGAUCCCUGAAGAUGUCAACAACCCAGAGACCAGAGGAUGGAGAUUGAUCGAGCUGCAGAAAGCUGCUCGGGAUUACAUCUAA